AUGAAGACUGUAAUUCCUAGCAUUUCCCUUAUAUACUGUACAUUUGUUACGGGGAUUUGUAGUGAAUUUUCUGUCACUGCUUACAGUAAACGUUUGGGGAGGGAUGUACGAUCCACACAGAAGUUGAGGGGUCUUAGACAAUGUGUCAGGGAUUGUGUAGACAGGGGACAGUGUAAGGCUGUGAAUUAUGAUAGAGAGAGUCUGCAGUGCCAGCUUCUAGGGGACUCCAUCACAGAUUUAUCACAACUCAUGGACGAUGACAGCUUUAAUUUCAUAGAUGUAUCCACGCAAUCGACUGGGUUUCCAGCAUGCACCAUAACAUGCACAUAUGGAGUUUGUGUGAAAAUUUCACCUGGAAAUGAAUACUGCUCAGUACCUGCUUGUCCCAUGACUUAUCGGUACUCCACUGCUUUGAACUUUUGCUACACUAAAGUGGAGGUCAGUAAGAACUUUACAGAUGCUUAUUCCUAUUGCAAAACUAUUGGAUGUCGAUUGGCUGUUCCCUCAACUAUGGAGCAUAUACUUUUUUUGAGAGAAGAAUUCAAUGCGGGAUACUUGGACAAUGAUUACAGAAUAGGCGGCCAAUGGGACACGGAAGAAGGAAAAUGGAUGUGGAUAAAUGGAAAAACAGUAUUUGAUGAUAUAAAUUUAAGUUUGUCUGAUUUUGAAGAAAUUGAAUCCAGCAGUGGAGAAUUAAUUUGGAGCAAAGAAGACGAUCUCUCUCAGAUAGAUACAGGGCACGGAAAGAAAUUCUUAUGCGAGAAAUUGGCCUUUUGUGGUGAAUUUUCUGUAACUGCUUAUAAUAAACGUUUGGGGAGGGAUGUACGAUCCAUGCUGAAGUUGAGGGGUCUAAGACAAUGUGUCAGGGAUUGUGUAGACAGGGGACAGUGUAAGGCUGUGAAUUAUGAUAGAGAGAGUCUGCAGUGCCAGCUUCUGGGGGACUCCACCACUGAUUUAUCACAACUUGUGGACGAUGAGAAAUUUAAUUUCAUACACAUCGCAUCUCAGGGAACGAUGUUUUGGUUGAAACUGUAG